CUCCCCGGCUCCGAGGACGCUCUCCACCAAUGGCCGCGCUCCCGGAGCAAAGCCCGAGGGUUAGGUUGUGAGGCUCGGGCCGGGGGCGGGGAGGAGCUGAGGGGAUUCAGAACCAGCUCGGCCGCCGGGUGGGUCGGGGCGUUCGGCGCGCCCUUGCUUGGAGCGGCCGUGGCCGGGCUGGGCGCCGGCAGUGGGAAACGGCGGCGCGGCUGGAAAAUGCCAGUCCACUCCCGAGGGGAUAAGAAGGAGACGAACCAUCACGAUGAGAUGGAGGUGGACUACGCCGAAAACGAGGGGAGCAGCUCCGAGGACGAGGACACGGAGAGCUCGUCGGUCUCCGAGGAUGGCGACAGCUCAGAAAUGGAUGAUGAAGACUGUGAAAGAAGAAGGAUGGAAUGUUUGGAUGAAAUGUCUAAUCUUGAGAAACAGUUUACCGAUCUCAAAGAUCAACUUUAUAAAGAACGAUUAAGUCAGGUGGAUGCAAAACUACAAGAAGUCAUAGCCGGAAAAGCACCAGAAUAUUUGGAACCACUGGCAACUCUACAAGAGAACAUGCAGAUUCGUACAAAGGUAGCAGGAAUCUAUAGAGAGCUCUGCUUAGAAUCUGUAAAGAACAAAUAUGAGUGUGAAAUACAAGCAUCUCGCCAGCAUUGUGAGAGUGAAAAGCUUUUGUUAUAUGAUACAGUCCAGAGUGAACUCGAAGAGAAGAUAAGAAGACUUGAAGAAGAUAGGCACAGCAUUGAUAUUACAUCGGAGCUGUGGAAUGAUGAACUUCAGUCAAGAAAAAAGAGAAAGGAUCCAUUCAGUCCUGACAAAAAGAAGCCAGUCGUUGUUUCAGGUCCAUAUAUAGUCUAUAUGCUGCAAGAUCUUGAUAUUCUUGAAGACUGGACAACAAUUAGAAAGGCAAUGGCUACAUUGGGUCCUCACAGAGUGAAAACAGAACUUUUUGAUCUUAUCACUCCAGCACCUGUGAAACUGGAAAAGCAUUUGCACAGUGCUAGAUCUGAAGAGGGAAGAUUAUAUUAUGAUGGUGAAUGGUAUAUACGUGGACAAACAAUAUGUAUUGAUAAAAAAGAUGAGUGUCCUACAAGUGCUGUAAUUACAACAAUUAACCAUGAUGAAGUUUGGUUUAAGAGACCUGAUGGAAGCAAAUCUAAGCUUUACAUUUCACAGCUACAGAAAGGAAAAUACUCAAUUAAACAUUCGUAAUCAUGAUUUAAGUGUUAUCUAAACCUACCAAGUAUGAUGUGCCAUGGGAGUAAAAAAUGUAUUCAGUAACUUAAUAUUCUCAUCGAGUCAUGAGAGACUGUGUAUUUGUAGGUAAUACUUGAGGUAGAGCUCAUAUUGGUAUGUUAUUAAGAGGUAUGGUAAUAAAAGUUUAAUCAGGAUCAUACUUUUAUUUACCAGUAGGUUCAGUGGCAACAGAUAUAUAUGGUAGGGGUUUCUUAUUAAACUUUUUUCUUUGUUUUUUAAAAACAUCAUGCAAAUCUUUUUUAUCUCUAAUGAGUUAUGUUGCGAAAUGAUUACAUUGAUCUGCAAUGUUUUUGAUUUUCCAUAUCUUUGUCACUUAUCAAGUAUUUGUAAAUAAGCCUGAUACAAUGUUUCCUAUAAAUGGUUUGUAUUAGUCCAUUAGUGUUAAAUCAGAAUUGAAAAUUAAACAUAUAUGUGAGUAUGUACAUAUGGCAUCAUCAGCUUAUUUAGAACUGAUGGCCUUAUCUUACAAUCUUGUUUUACCCCAAAUCAAGCUGUUGGAUUUGAAAGCUAAAAGGAGCACUUUUGUAGAAUAGCAGCUUUCCUUUUCCUCUUCCUUGAUUGUAUGGUGGUGACCUAUUUUUACAAAAUCUAUGUAAUGUUAAUUAGUAAAAUCAGUGUCAAAUAAUAACAUGCUUCUACAUGUAUUUGUUGUGACUUUUUAGAGGGCAGGCAUUUAAGCCUGGUAUUUAUGAUGUAGUAAGUGGUGAACAGUGACUGACAGUAUUGUGGUGCUUGCUCUACAUGCCUGAUUUUUUUUUAAUUGAAGCAGAUUUUUAAUAAGCAUUUCCAGAGGUAAAACUAGGUUCUUAUUCUAAUUUUAUUCCCAGGGAAAAAAAUAAGAAGGAAUAAUUUCCUUGAGACUAUCCCCAAAUUAAUU